GAAUGUAACAGAGAGUCGGGUCCGCGUGAGGAUGGAGGCGGCGGGCGGGGGCUCGGCACCGCCAUCGCGUCCUAAGGAGCUCUGUCGAAACCAGCGGAGAGACUCGGAGGGUUCCUUGGAUUUUCCUAACCUAGAGUUUGAAUAUGGAGAUUCGGACAGCAUUGUUGCUGAACUGUCGGAGCUUUACAGUUACACUGAAGAGCCUGAAUUUGCUGCUAACAGGGAUUGCUUUGAAGAGGAUUUUGCAAUACAUGGAAAGGGCAAGAAAUGGGUAGAGUUGGAAGAAGAUGAGCAUAAAUCCUACUUGAUGAGGUUGCUGGAUGGAUUGGAGGUGAUAAAUAGGGAGAAGAGACUUAAAUUUGCCAGAGCCAUUCUUUAUCUGGCCCAAGGUGUGUUUGAUGACUGCUACACAGAAACUGAAGUGAUACAUUGGGCUCGUUACAAUGUCUUCCUUCUCUAUGAAAUGGGCACGUUUGGGACAUUAGUGGAGCUGCUCAACAUGGAGAUUGAUAACAGCCAGACAUGCAGCAGUUCCCUGCGAAAACCAGCCAUGUCCCUAGCGGAUAGCACUGAACUGAGGGUGCUGCUCAAUAUUAUGUACCUGAUGGUGGAGAUCAUACGAGGAGAGGGCGAGGAUGACAAACCCGACUGGAGCUCAGCAAGAGACGGAUUUCGGACUGAGCUAAGUUCCCCAGUGUAUAACGGUGAGCCUUUUGCAGUUCUCCUAUUCUCUCUCAUUAAUAAAUACUGUAACGGACACACUCCACAUUGCCCUAUUAAGAAGGUGUUGCUGCUCCUUUGGAAAACUAUUCUGUUCUGUUUUGGAGGGUUUGAGAAACUCCAAGAGUUGAAAGUCGAAAAGCGAGCAAAGCUGGGACUUCCUCCGCUGUUGGAGAACAGUAUACAUGUGACGCGAACUCUGCGAGCCACCUCUCCACCAGCAUCAGCCAUGGACAUCCUAGAGCAACAGCACAAGCGAGGUCGCAGGGGUCGGAAGGUUCUCAUGAAGCAGGACAGCCUGGAUAUCUACUGUGAGAGAGAUGAGCCUCGGGAGGAGGAGGACGAGGCAGAUGACGGGGACAGUGGGAUUGAGGGAGAAUUGGAUGUGCUGGAGAGAGAGGCACUGAUUCAGGACCUCCCUUCCCAUGGACUGAUGCCAGAGAGACUGGUCUUCCCACGGUGCCUGCCCUGGGCCACUAAAGUCAGAGAGAAGGACAUCGAAGAUUUUCUGGAAGUCAGUCGGUGCAAAUUCAUUGGAUUCACGUUGGGAAAUGACACUGAAACCCUGGUGGGUUUGCCCAAGCCCAUUCACAAUAGUGUGAAAAUACUGAAACAGCAUAAGUAUGUCUCCAUCGCAGAAGUACAGGCCAAGAGGGAGGAAGAACUGCAGAAAUGUCCAGUGUCGCUGGGAGCUGAAGAGGUGGAGCAAAGCCCAGUUGAGAUCCUGUACCAGGCAAUGUUACACAACCUACCUCAGUAUAUGAUAGCAUUGCUGAAGAUCCAGCUGGCCGCUGCUCCCACAUCCAAGGCAAAGACUGACUCCAUCAAUAUCUUGGCUGAUCUCCUGCCUGAGGAGAUGCCCAAUACUGUGUUACAAAGCAUGAAGUUGGGGAUUGAUGUCAACAGACACAAGGAAAUCAUUGUUAAAGCUAUUUCAGCGCUGAUGCUGCUAUUACUGAAGCAUCUCAAACUCAAUCAUGUCUAUCAGUUUGAAUAUGUUUCCCAGCACUUGGUAUUUGCCAACUGCAUCCCGCUGAUUCUGAAGUUCUUCAAUCAAAGCAUCAUGUCCUAUGUCACCGCCAAGAACAGUAUCUCUGUCCUAGACUACCCUCGCUGCGUGAUCCAUGAGUUGCCAGAACUCACCACCGAAGUUCUGGAAGCUGGUGACAACACCCAGUUCUGCUGGAGGAACCUCUUCUCGUGUAUCAACCUGCUGCGUAUCCUAAACAAGCUGACCAAAUGGAAACACUCGCGUAUCAUGAUGCUUGUAGUUUUCAAGUCAGCACCAAUUUUGAAGCGGGUGCUCAGGACAAAACAGGCAAUGCUGCAGCUCUAUGCACUGAAACUGCUCAAAUUCCAAACCAAGUACCUGGGCCGUCAGUGGAGAAAGAGCAACAUGAAGAUCAUGUCUGCCAUCUACCACAAAGUGCGACACCGCCUCAAUGACGACUGGGCGUAUGGCAAUGAUAUUGAUGCUCGACCCUGGGACUUCCAGGCAGAGGAGUGUGCACUGAGAGUCAAUAUCGAGAUGUUCAACAACCGGCGCUAUGGUUUGAACCACAAUGACCUGGAAUUUGCUCCAGUGGACAACUGCCUUCAAAGUGUCCUGGGCCAUCAUGUCUCGCUGCCAGAGGAUUUCCGCUACAGCUAUGAACUCUGGUUGGAGAGGGAAGUUUUUGCCCAUCCCAUCCGCUGGGAGGAUCUUCUACAGCCUCUGGCUUAAUGAGAACAGCUCAUCUCCCGAGGAGAUGCAUCUAUGAUGGCCUGUCUUCAAAAGACUUCUUUCAAUGAAAAUCCCAUCUCAGCAGUCGAUUGGUGUUUGGUUUUUAACGUCAUUUCAUGGAGGGAAUGAUUUUACAGCUUUAGUUAUUCCCCAAUGACCCCCUCAGAGCCUGUUUAUUGCCACCCAAGAGCCUGUGGUGACUGAGUGUUAUAUGCCCAUAUCUUGGUCUGGAAUUGAUCUCUUAUGUCCAACUGGACCAGGAGAUAAGGGUGCCCUCUGACUCCCUAUUCAACCCACUUGACUGACCGAUCGAGCCCUGAAUGGAUCUUGAUGUGUGUUUUACUGUUGAAGGCUUGAUUAGAGCAAUGUAUACUGAAUUAUAGGGGAGGAACUGGGUUCACAUUCACUGAAUCACCUUAAUAUGGGGGGGUAAGAACAAUGUUGCACCACCUUCCCACCCACAUCCCCCAUCCCCAACCAAUUAUAUUAAUGAUGUUUAUUUCAAGGUGAUUUACAAUCAAAGUGCACUGUGAAGCUAACACAAUGCAUUGAACGGUAGUUGUGCUGUAAAGCUCUGUGGAUCGGAGCCUUUGGAUGGUUUUACUGCAGAGCUUUGUGUUCCUGUCUUCUAUGGGAUCUGCUGCUGCUGCUCAUUAAAACUGUGCCACCCAGCAGUGCUGGCCAUGAUGAGUCAGAGGAGAUAAUGGAAGUGUGACAGACAGUAAAGUUCAUGAUGUACUUUUAGAUGAUGUCUGGGAAACUUAGAUGGGCUGUACUAAUGGUCCCUCCUAUGAAUGAGUAAGUUUUUUUUUGAAUAUCCCUGAUUUAUUUAAAUACAUAAGCAGUCUGGCCCAUAACUUGUUAACACAAUAUUGUUUGUGUCCAGGCCAUAGCAGAAUUGUGGCUUUUGCAGCUUAGCUGAAGCAGUGUACCAACUAACCACCUGGAAUGGCCUUUGGGGCUUCAGAUCAAUGUCCCAUCCAAAGCAUUGCAGCUCUGCCUCAGUGCUGCACUCUGUCAGCCUAGAUUGUGUUGAAGUCCCUGGAAGGGGACUUGAACCCACAGCCUUCCAGCUUAGAUGCAAGGGUGGUACCCCUGAGCCAAGGCUGACACUGUUGCAACAACUGGUUAGCUUGAGGCAGACAGCGACACAUGGUCAAUUUUUUAUUUCAUGGCAAUAAAUCCUUUUAAACAGCAAACAGUCCACAGAAUCUACUUCGAGUCUGUACAAACUAGGAGAAACAAAAUUCAUAAUUGAAACUGCAGCAUGGAAUCAUGGAACAUUUACGGCCGUUGUAUCAGCAACAGCCAAAAAAUGAGUCCAACAGCCUAAUUUGACUUUCCAGCUUUUGGUGCAUAGCCCUGCAGUAAAUGGCACUUGAGGUGCAUGUUGAGACACUUUAAAUGAGUUAAGGAUUUCUGACUCUACUACGCUCUGAGAUCAUGAGUUCCAGACUCCUACUGUCGUCUAGGUGAAAAAAGUUUCCUUAUCUUGCCUCUAAUCUUCAAAUAACAGCAAAACAUUACAAAUGCUGGGGACCUUAAAUAAAAUCCUGAGUACAAGAGAAACUCAGGUCUGAUUGUAUCUAUAGAGAGAGAAACGGAAAGAGUGAAGAGUCAUAUUGGACUCAAAACAUUGACUAUGUAGAUCUAAGCAGCAUCUGUGGACAGAGAGAAACAAACUUUAUCCAGUACUUUGUUUUUAUUACAGGUAGCUCUCCUAUAACGUGAUAGUUGUGUUCUUGUGUAAAAUUGCCAUAGAAAAUUGCGUUAUAGGAAAAUCGCUAUACCUGUGCAGCAGAAAGCUUGCAUUAUCCAAACAGUGUCCACUAUUCAUCAAUCGCAUUACAGCCAAUUUUCAUUAACAAAACACACAUUAUAGCAGAACUACCUGUACUCCCUGAUCAUUCUCUCAGUCAUUUUAAAUCUGUUACCUCCCCGCACCUCCUCCAAUCCCUGGCUAGUCCCUAACCUCUCUACUGAGGUAAAUGGGCCCUUCCCAUCCACUUUGUUCAAGCCUCUUCAAUUUUGCACAUCUCCUGGUAAAUGAAACAGUACUAUCUCUCCAGCAAAAAGCCGUGAAUGGAGUAUAGUUACAUAAUAUAACUUGGGCAUAAAAUCAUUCCCAGUUACUGGACAGAAUUGAUCGACUGGUUCAUUCAGCUAUCACUUCCAUCUUUUUGCUGGAAAAAAGUCUCCAAAUCUGCCCAAAGAUUGAUGAAUAUUAUAGAACCAUACAGUGCUGAAGGAGAUGGUUUGGCCCAUUUUGUCUGUUUUCAGUUUUUGAAUGAACUAUCAAAUUAAUCCUGCUCUCUUCCCCCCCCCCCCCCCCCCCCACCCACCACCAUUGCUUUAUAAGUCUGUCAUCCUAACAAUUAUUCAAUUCCCUUGCUUCCACUAACCUGUCUGCAUUAAGAUCCAGAUCAUCAUAUCCUGCCACUUAGAAAAAUACUUCCUAACACUGACCUAUCUGACGUUUAUCUUAAAUCUGUCAUAUCUAGAUACUGACCAUUCCCAUACACAAUUGCACACAGCACAAAGCCUUAAUCCCUUCCAAACUCAGUGAGAGCAGUUUCUUUACUCUGUCAAAACCCUUGAUGUUGAAUACCUUUGUUAAAUCUCCACUUUUCAAUCUUCUCCAAGGAAAACAAUUCCAAUGUCUUAACUUUCUGCACAUAAAUGAUUUCUUGUAUCUCUGCUCCCAGUUAAUCUUCUGCAUCCUCGCUUUGACAUCCUUCUUAUUAUGUGACACUCUGAAAUGGACAACGUUCUCAAGCUGGGGCCUAACCAGAGAAUUGCGAAGUUUUAUCUUUGAUUAAUUUUCAUACCACCAUGUGUAAAUUGUGGAGUUAAGCAUUAGCAAUGUAUUGGAGAGGAGAAGAUACCUUUUGAAUAAAUGAUUUUACAACA